AAGUAUAAAACUUGCAACUUCCGUAACUUUCCGUUCCUCCGUAGAUCUCGGCGCGGCAUGGCUGACUUUGCGAGCAGCAGCGAUGAGGUCAUCGCCGCCACAGGGAAGCCGAGUGCCGUGGAGCAGCAGAGCGUGGUGUCCCGUGCGGGCAGCCUGCCCCUGGUCAGCUCCACCUGUGAGGCAGUGCUGGGUGCCUACAGCACCACCAAGGACAAUGUUCCCCUGCUGCGUGGGGUUGCGAACGUGGCGGAGAGUGGGGUCCGUACCCUGGGUGCGGCCGUCGCCACCGGCUCCAAACCCCUGCUGGACAUGCUGGAGUCUGAGAUCGCCGUGGUAAACAGUUACGCCAUGAAGGGGCUAGACAAGGUGGAGCAAAGCUUUCCCAUCCUGCAGCAGCCCGCCGACAAGCUGGUGUCGGACACGGUGGGGAUGGUGUGCCAGUCUGUGUCUGGGGCAAAGGAGGCGAUGACGGGGGCGGUGAAGGCUGCGGUGACGGGGGGCGUGGAUCUGACCCGAGCCGCCGUCAGUGGGGGCAUCAGCACGGUGCUGGGGUCCCGCGUGGGCCAGAUGGUGAGCAGCGGGGUGGGACUCGCCAUCAGCCACUCGGAGGACUGGGUGGAACAGAACUUGCCCAUAAGCGAGAAGGAGCUGGCUGCUCUGGCUGAGCCCCCCCCGGCAGAGGAGGCCCAGGCCCUGGAGAACUGCUCCUCCUCCAGCCCCAGCUAUUUUGUCCGCUUGGGCAUGCUGUCAUCCAAGGUGCGGGACCGCGCGCUGGAGCAGUCAGUGGGCAGGGCCCGGCGAGCCCGCGACACCACACAUACCGCCCUCAGCCAGAUAGCCAGCACCCUGGACCUGCUGGAAGGCUCGCGGUCCGCCCUGGCCUCUGCCGGCAGCCAGCUGGUGGGGGCACGGGAGCAGCUGCUGCAGCGCUGGGCAGAGUGGCAGGAGGGGCGAGGGGUGACGGAGAGCGCCAAGGAGCAGGGGGAGCUGGAGUCACGCGUGCUCUCCAUGGUGCGGGGUCUGAGUGUGCAGGUGCGCACGGCAUGUGCCGGUGUGGUGUCCAGUGCGCAGGGCCUCCCCAGUGCCGUGCAGGAGCAGCUGUCCAGCGCGAGGCGCGCCGCCGACGAGCUGCACUCCUCCCUCCGUGACACCAGCGUCCUCUCCCCCCCGCUCCUGGAGCAGAGCCGCCAGCAGCUGACUCAGAUUCGGAAGUCUCUAGAUGGCGUUGUGGAGUAUUUUCUUCACAAUACGCCUCUCAAUUGGUUAGUCGGGCCCUUUGCUCCUCUCAUCGCGGAGAAGGCCGAGGAGGUGCAGCAGGGGGAGGACUGACACCCACCUAUUCCGGACUUCUAUGUUUCCCCUUUUGGAGGGGGGGGGGACGAGUCUUCUCUUGGCAGAUAAAUGCAUCGGGGUCACUUUCAAUAUCGAGGGCGUCAGCUGGUUUUGUAGGCCAAGAUGUAAUAAUUUAUGCUGAGGCAAACGGUAAAAAAUAUGCACAGGAGGAUAUUCGGCAGAGCGCUGGAUCAUUUUUAAGCCAGGCUUCACACUGCGGUGGCCGGGGAUGGCUUUUCUGCAGAUGUAUACUGCUGUUUGUCUUUCUAUGUGGUGUAUUUCAGCAAAGAUUUAUGAGCAAACCUACAAUAAAAAGGCACUUAAAACUA